CGACUCACCGAACAAGGAGGCCGCGAUAAGAUCUACAGUGUUGAAGCUGAGUAAAUCCGUCGCUGUGAUGCAAGAUUUCAUCGAGAUGCAAAAUCAGAAGAAGGAAGAGAAAGCGCUAAGGGAACAGAAGAGGAACGAGUUGUUGGAACAAGAGGAGGCAGAACGGAUGAGACUGGAGGCAAAGGAAGCACGUGCGGCGAAGAAAGCGAGAAAGCGUGCUGAAGAGCGUAGGGUAGCUGCCGAAGCCGAGAAUGAGAGACGUGCGCAGAUGAAGAAAAACGUCAACAUCUCCGUUGCCGUAAAAAUCAAUGAGUUGGAAGAUAAUUGGUUUCAGAGGCUACACCGAGUGAUCGGACCUUUGUAUAAAACGGUUGGCGAUAAGGGGAAGAAGAAGGUCACGUACGUCUCCGACCACGGGUCUCGGUCGGAACGGAAGACCCCGAAGACCCCGAAGGCUGCUCAGGUAGGUGUCAAAGAAGUGAGGGCUUGCACCCCAGUUACUCGAGGCACACUGGAGCGGUUGCGUUACCGUAACAAGGUGAUUGAUGAUUUAAAAUCUCUUGACAUGGUUGAAUUGCAGAAGUUAUGCAAGGGCGAGGGUAUCUCGUACAAUGGGAAGAUCAAGUCUAUUCUCGAUAUUGCGGAUAAACGGGCGAUGGUGAAGUUCGGAGCGACGUGUCAGGAGUUUGCCGAAGUCAUCCGCCUCGAUGAUUCCGAGGCCCUGGAUGCGGGAUCUGUCGACGGCGAACUGCCUGAAGAUGCUAGUGCUUGAGGACCUUUGGAGAUGCCGAAGCUAUGGAAGCUUUGCCGAUGCAUUACCAAGU